AUGAAUUUUAAUACUCCUUCGCCGUCAACCGGAACUAUUGCGGACGGAACAGGCAUGAAAUCACAGCAUUCAACCCGUACCUUUUACCAACGAGUGUCAGACAUCUUCAGCCACCCCCAGAUUGAUACUAAAGAUCUUCUCAAUCAAGCAUAUGCAGGAAACGGUACGGAACAAUCUCCAUAUCACAUCACAUUCCUCCCCAACGACCCCCAAAAUGCCAUGACAUUCUCACAGUGGAAGAAAUGGUCUUUUACCGGCCUUCAGGCUCUCGCUACUCUUGCCACAACAUUUUCCAGUUCGGCAUACUCAGGAGGGAUGAAGCAAAUCAUCCAAUACUUCAAAGUGUCUCAAGAAGUUGCCACGCUCGGUAUCUCAUUAUAUGUUCUGGGCUUCGCACUGGGACCUCUUGUCUGGGCUCCACUCUCAGAAGAAUAUGGCCGACGAAGAAUAUUCUUCUUCAGCUUUAUGGCAGCAACGGCGUUUAGCGCUGGGGCAGCCGGGGUGGAAUCAAUAUCGGCAUUGCUGGUCCUUCGGUUCUUAACCGGAUCGGUCGGGUCGGCACCUCUUUCCAACGCACCAGCUAUUAUUGCGGAUAUGUUUGACAAGUCAGAGCGGGGGAUGGCAAUGUGUAUGUUCUCAGGGGCACCAUUUUUAGGACCUGCUAUUGGGCCCAUCGCAGGAGGCUUCUUGGCUCUGACCCAGGGUUGGCGCUGGCUCCAUGGAGCUAUGGCUAUAUUUACUGGAAUCAUAUGGAUCAUCGCAACACUUCUUAUUCCAGAGACAUAUGCACCAUAUAUCCUCAGACAGCGACGUCAAAUCCUAUCGAGAGCUACAGGCAAAGUAUACAUCUCAGGGUAUGAUGCAGAUAGGCCAGCAAGGUCCGCAGCUCACCACCUCAAAGCGACCUUGACAAGACCCUGGGUACUUCUGUUUAAAGAACCCAUCGUUCUGAUCACCUCUAUUUACAUAUCGAUAAUUUACGGCACCAUGUAUAUGUGCUUUGCCGCAUUCCCCAUUGUCUUCCAAAACGGAAGAGGUUGGAAUCAGGGCAUUGGAGGACUUGCAUUUAGUGGCAUCGUUGUCGGGGUCAUACUGGCCAUCUUGACCUUUGUACUCGAAGACAAGCGCUAUGCCCGAGCAGCUCGAAGCAGAGGCGCGCCACUGGAACCCGAAGAUAGGUUACCACCCGCAAUGGUGGGCUCUAUUCUUAUCCCUGUAGGCCUGUUUUGGUUUGCGUGGACUAGCUUUGAAAGCGUUCACUGGAUUGUUCCAAUAGUUGGUACUGUCUCCUUCGCUUGGGGUCUUGUCCUGGUCUUCAUGGCGCUACUCAAUUACCUUAUUGAUUCAUAUGUCGUUUUUGCUGCAUCCGUUAUGGCGGCCAACUCAGCCCUCCGAUCUCUUUUUGGCGCUGCAUUUCCUCUGUUCACAAAACAGAUGUACCAGAAUCUAGGUGUUCAUUGGGCCAGUUCUAUACCAGCGUUUCUCGCAUUGGCUUGUGUACCUUUUCCGUUCUUAUUCUUCAAGUAUGGGCGACAAAUACGGAUGAAAUGUGAAUAUGCGGCUGAAGCGGUCAAUGUUCUCGAGAAAAUGAGGACACAGGAUAUUACAGUUACUGAAGAUGAUGCUAUGGAAGAGGCCGAGGAGAUGUGGAGGGCUAGUAGGCACAACAGUCGUGCCAGUGGAGUAUAA